CGAGCAGCUUCCGGGACUGGAGCGCGAGCAGCUUCCGGGACUGCACCCGCGCGCCUGAGGUGAGGUGAGGAGGGAGGGAGAGGCCGCCCCCCGAGCUGCCUUUGACUAAGGGACCUGAUGUCAGAUGGGGAGAAGGACAUAGGAUGGAGCAACUGGAGCAGAGUCUCCCAACCAUUGCCUCAAUCAACGCAUCAUACUGUCAGAGCCAUAACAGGAUGCCAGCACAAUGCCAAUCACUCGAGCAAAAGAAAGCAAUCUCUGAUGUCCGCAGGACUUUCUGUCUCUUUGUAACCUUUGACCUGCUGUUUGUUUCCCUCCUGUGGAUUAUCGAGUUGAAUACAAAUGGUGGCAUUGAAAAAAAUCUAGAGGAUGAAAUAUUAAAUUAUGAUUUCAAAACUUCAUUCUUUGACAUAUUUUCACUGGCUUUGUUUCGCUUCGUGGUACUGCUGCUUGCCUACGCCCUUCUGAGACUCCGUCACUGGUGGGUGAUUGCGGUCACCACUUUGAUUACCAGCGGCUUUUUAAUUAUAAAAGUCAUUCUUUCAAUUCGGUUCCAGACCAGGGGUGCAUUUGGCUAUGUUCUCCCGAUUGUCUCCUUUGUCCUCGCCUGGCUGGAGACCUGGUUUCUUGAUUUCAAAGUGUUAAUUCAAGAGGCAGAGGAUGAGCGAUUUUACCAGACGACACACACACAGUCAGUGCAUUCACCCCUUCUGUACCCAAGAGUUGUAUCCGAGGGGCUGUUCUACUCUCCGCCAGAAUCCUUUGCAGGCUCUGACGAUGAGUUUGAAGGCGACAGUAUUGAAAGGAGAGCAGUAACGCCUCAGGAGAAGGAGUACGUGCGUCAGGGUCAAGAGGCAAUGAAAGUGAUGGAACAAAUACUAGGGCAGGAGCAGCACUGGAAGUUUGAGAAAGCGAAUGAUAACAGUGAUGUUGUUUACACGUUUGAAAUUCCAUAUCACGGCAAGAGUUUCAUUCUGAAGGCUUUCCUGCAAUGCCCUGCGGAGCUGGUAUACCAGGAGGUCAUUCUUCAACCUGAGAAAUUGGUCGUUUGGAACAAAACAGUUACUGUUUGUCAGGUUCUCCAACGGGUUGAUGACAACACUCUAAUCACCUAUGAUGUUGCUGCUGGAGCUGCUGGAGGGGUCGUUUCUCCCAGAGACUUUGUGAAUGUGCGUCGUAUUGAGAGGAAGAAGGAGAUGUACAUUUCUUCAGGAGUGUCAACUACUCAUGACACGAGACCUCCACAGAAAAAAUAUGUCAGAGGCGAGAAUGGGCCGGGAGGGUUUGUGGUGCUGAAGUCUCCUCGGAAUCCCAGUGUCUGCACCUUUGUUUGGAUACUGAAUACUGACCUAAAGGGUCAGCUGCCCCGAUACCUGAUCCAGCAGAGCCUCGCAGUCACCAUGUUCGAGUUCAUCUCACACCUGAGGCAGCGAAUCAGUGAGAUAUGUGAAACAGCACGUUCGUGACUGCACUGUGUAACAUUGCAUCAACUCCAUCUGCAGGAGGUCCAAGUCAGCAAUUAGAAACCAGGAUCUACUUACUGUCUGAAGCGACAUCCAUUCAUCUUUGUAAAUAUUCACUGAAAGACUUUUUUUAAAGUUAUUCUUCACGUGGCUGCCCUGAUUGAACAAUCACACGAAGAACAAAAGAGAAUUGAAAUACAUACUGAACAUUUUUAUUUUGGUAUUAUGCAAUUUUUGUAUUAUGUUGCUUGAGCCCCGCACUGUAAAACCUGCUGCUCUGGAAGUUUUACACAGAGAAGCAAAUGUUGCCUCUUUGAAGACAGCUCUGAGUUGUGCAGGUUCACUCAAUGAUGUAGGAUUGAAAUACUUGUUGCAUCCAUUAGGUGUUGCUGGUGAGGCAGUUGGCGAUCAGCUGCUCCUGUUCCUAGUCAGAGCCAGUCAUCAGGAGCCUGUGCCGCUGUGAUCAGAUGGUGUCCAGCGUUCCAUUGCAGCAGGGGUUGGUCGAUUCUCCUUUUUUGGGAGGUAGAUCCAUGAAACUAACUUUCUCUAGUGGCUAAUAGCCAUUUUUGUGGCUAAAUGGGUAAUUGUACCUGCCAGUGCGGAACUGAGCUCUGUGGCCCAGGAGAGUCUGGGCUUGGGGUGGGACUUAGCCUCGUGGUGGUGGUAGGGGUGGGGAGGAAGAUCCAAAGUUCAAUCCCUGCAUUCUGCUGAUCCCAUGUUCCACACUGGGCUUUAGGCUUUCUGAGUUUCUGGGGGUCGGGGUGGAGAAUCAGCUGGGAAUCCUGCUCUUGAUGACUAUUGAGUGGCCUUUUAGAAAAUGUGCGGAGAUAUCUUGUGACUGAAGGAUCAGAUAUGAUGUCCUCCAAGGUGGAAUAUCUUGCUGCCAUUCACUAGACUGACCUUUGAAUUCUGCAUGUUUGAAUGUGGAACUGGAGAAAGUGUGAAUGAAGCCCAUACUUGACAAGAGUCUGUGCUUUCAGGUGAGGUGAGGGUAUGGUAGGCACAGCCAUUACUUUGCCAUUACCUGGGAAAACACACCGUCAGCAGUUCACCGUUGGGUGUGCAAAGUGACUUGUUACACUAUUGUGGAUGAAGGACUCUCUAAUAGAGGUGUGAUUGACUCGCUUUCUCAUAGUUAACCCUGUUAAUUCCUCAUCUAGUCUCUACUUGCUUCCUGUCUCCAACAUUUUCCACACACCCUCAUCUGUUCCCAAGUUUUCUACACUGACUUGAUGAAUGGUGAAAUGUUUUGUCCCAGGGCAGGACUGUGUUCUAAAAGGAAUAGGAUAACGUUUUAAAAGUGUUAAACCAAAAUAAAGCCAUAAACCUGUGUAUUCUUUUUAACAAAAGAUAAAUGGCAGGUUAUUUUACUUUA